GCGCUCCGCGGGAAGGUCGGGGAGCUAGCGGAAGACAGCGCAAUGGCCGUCUAGAACACGUCGAGCUGACGUGUACGCGAUAUCUUUUCGCCUGUCAAGAUUUUAUUAGCAGUGAGACAUGAUUACGUUUAAGCGCGACAAGAAGGAGGAGGAGGACGGCGGCGGGAACCCGUUCCAGAACCUGGAGAAGACCACGGUGCUGCAGGAGGCGCGUACGUUUAACAACACGCCGGUGAACCCGAGAAAAUGCGCCCACAUUCUCACAAAGAUCCUGUACCUGCUGAAUCAGGGCGAGCAGUUGGGCACGACGGAGGCGACGGAGGCCUUCUUCGCCAUGACCAAGCUGUUCCAGUCUCGCGACGUUAUACUGAGACGGCUGGUCUACCUGGGCAUCAAGGAACUGAGCUCGCUGGCCGAGGACGUGAUCAUAGUCACGUCCAGUCUGACCAAGGACAUGACGGGCAAGGAGGAUCUGUACAGGGCCGCCGCCAUCCGGGCGCUCUGCACCAUCACCGACGGCAGCAUGCUGGCGGCCAUCGAGCGUUACAUGAAGCAGGCCAUAGUCGACCGCUCGCCGGCCGUGUCCAGCGCCGCCCUCGUCUCCUCUUUGCACCUGACGAGCGUGUCGAGCGACGUCGCGAGGAGGUGGGCGAACGAGGCGCAGGAGGCGUUAAACUCCAACAAUGUUAUGGUGCAGUAUCACGCCCUGGGCGUCCUGUAUCAGGCGCGUAAGGCGGACAAGCACGCGGUGAUCAAGCUGGUCGCCAAGCUCAUGAAGACGAGCCCGAAGAGCCCGUACGCGGCGUGCAUGCUCAUCAGGAUGGCGUACAAGUUGCUGGACGAGGUGGACGAGGGCGAGGAGCUCGUGGGCUUCAUCGAGUCCUGCCUGCGCCACAAAUCCGAGAUGGUGGUGUACGAGGCGGCGCACGCCCUGGUCAACCUCGGGCGUAGCGGCGCCCGCGAGAUCGGGCCCGCGAUCAGCGUCCUGCAGCUCUUCUGCGGCUCGCCGAAACCGGCGCUCCGGUUCGCCGCGGUCAGGACCCUCAACAAGGUCGCGAUGUCCCAUCCGGCGGCGGUCACCGCCUGCAACCUGGACCUGGAGAAUCUUAUCACGGACUCGAACAGGUCCAUCGCCACUCUGGCGAUAACUACUCUCUUGAAGACCGGCGCGGAGAGUUCCGUCGACCGCCUGAUGAAGCAGAUCGCCACCUUCGUGUCGGAGAUCUCGGACGAAUUCAAGGUCGUGGUGGUCCAGGCCAUCAGGGCUCUGUGCCAAAAGUUCCCCCGCAAGCACGCGGUCUUGAUGAACUUCCUGUCGGCUAUGCUGAGAGACGAGGGCGGGCUCGAGUACAAGGCAGCGAUCGCCGACACCAUCAUCGCCGUGAUGGAGGGGAACGCGGAGGCGAAGGAGGCGGGGCUCGCGCAUCUCUGCGAAUUCAUCGAGGACUGCGAGCACAUCUCCCUCGCCGUUCGCAUCCUGCACCUGCUCGGCCAGGAGGGCCCCACGUCCAAGCAGCCGUCGAGGUACAUCCGCUUCAUCUACAACCGCGUCAUCCUCGAGAGCGCCAGCGUGCGGGCGGCGGCCGUCACCGCGUUGGCGCGCUUCGCCGCCGCCUGUCCGCCCUUGCUCCCGAACGUGCUGGUGCUGCUCUCGCGCUGCCAGCUGGACUCGGACGACGAGGUACGCGACCGCGCGGCCUACUACUGCACGAUUUUGCAACAGCAGAGCGACCCGACUAUAUUGCCGCUGGUGCAGCCGCCCCUGCUGUCGGUGCCGACGCUGGAACGGGCCUUGCGGAAUUACAUGCAGACACCCAUGGAGGAAUCGUUCGACAUCUCGCAGAUACCUCCAGCUCAGACAGUAGAAGAACCGGUCCAGGUGGAGGUGCACACUACUAUCAAGCAACCUCGCUUGACCAGAGAGGAGAGCUUUAUGGAGAAAUUGUCGCAGAUCCCGCAUUUGGCCAUGAUCACCCGAGACACGUCGCUCCUCAAGUCCUCGCCGGUGUUCGAAUUAACCGAGUCCGAGACGGAAUAUAAUGUCAAAUGCGUCAAGCACACAUUCCCUGAGUAUCUUAUAUUGCAGUUCGACUGUGUGAACACGCUCUCCGAUCAGCUCCUCGAAGAUGUGGUAGUGGCCGUUGAGCCCUCCGAAGGCUACUCCAUUGUGUGCGUUGUACCGUGUCCGCGAUUACCUUACAACGAGCCGGGAACUACCUACACAGUAUUAAAGUACCCGGACGAUGUACACGCGAGCGUCGCCACCAUUCCCACGACGCUUCGAUUUAUGGCAAGGGACUGCGAUCCAACGACGGGAAUACCAGACGCGGAUCAAGGAUACCAUGAUGAAUAUAUGUUGGAGGAUUUAGAAGUGACUCUAGCUGAUCAAGUACGCGGCGUUGGUAACAGAGGCAUGGACUUUAAUACCGCUUGGGAUACAUUCGCCGCGAAAAGCUUUGUCAAGCUAGAGGAGACAUUCGCCCUGGGGGCAUCGGUGACGUCUUUGGAAGGAGCGAUUCAGAGUCUUACGGGAUUCUUGGGCUUGGAAGCUGUGGAACGCAGUAACAAGGUACAGAGCGGAGCGGCGGCUCACAAUUUGCUCCUAAGUGGCGUCUUCCGUGGAGGAAAGGAAGUAUUGGCACGUGCUAGAUUGGCGCUGAGCGGAGUGCAAGUUACGAUGCAGCUGUCUGUCCUCUGUCAAGAUCCGGACGUCGCUGAUCUAAUAGUCUCGUCCGUAGGGUAAAGAUCGCAGUAAUGGAAUGGAACAAUCUUCGCAAUAGGAAGAAAUAUAUUCUGAUUGCUGUAAAAUAAUUUUUAUAAUGUAGGAUUAUCGUUAUAUAUAUAUAUGUAUACAUGAAAAUUAUGGAAGAAUACUGCUUGUAUUUUUCUUUUCAUCGUUAAUAUAUCAUGUGACUUUUC